UAUAUGGCACUACUCUUUUUAUCCCAGAACAUCUGAACAUCAUGGAAGCUACUCUGUUGAUAUACCUUGCUCUGUUUUUAUCUUUCUAUGUCUUGGCCAAUCACAUUCUUGGCAAGCUCCAAAACCUCCCACCAAGCCCUUUCCCAACUCUACCCUUACUCGGUCACUUCCACCUCUUAAAAAAACCGAUUCACCAAACCCUGUCCAAGCUCUCCCACCGCUACGGUCCGCUCCUUCUCCUCAGGUUCGGCUCCCGCCGUGUCCUCCUCGUCUCCUCCCCGUCCGCCGCCGAAGAAUGCUUUGUACGAAACGACAUCGUCUUCGCAAACCGCCCUAGGCUACUCGCCGGAAAAAUCUUCGGCUACAACUACACCACCGUGGCAUGGGCACCCUACGGCGACCACUGGCGAAACCACCGCCGCAUCGCCUCCAUCGAGCGUCUCUCCUCCCACCGCCUCCCGAUGCUCUCUCACAUCCGCGUCGACGAGGUCCGAUCGCUGAUCCACCGUAUAUAUAAAGUCUCAUCCGCAAAUCCAGAUCAAGCGGUGGAUAUGAAGUCUGUAAGCUUCCAGCUCACCUUCAAUGUCAUGACGAGGAUGAUUGCGGGGAAGAGGUACUACGGCGAGGGUGUGGAGAGCUCGGAGGGAGUGAAGAGGUUCCAAGAGAUAGUGAAAGAGACGGCUAAUUUGGCGGCAGAUAGGAAUGUCGAAGAUUUCUUGCCAUUUUUGAAGUGGUUUGGGAUUAAUAAAGGGUUGGAGAAGAAGUUAAUUAGAAUAUUUGAGAAGAGAGAUAAGUUUAUGCAGGAUUUGAUAGAUCAACAUCGGUCUGAUAAUCAAUCUUGUUUUAAUGGUGAGAUGGAAAGAAGGAGGACCAUGAUUGAAAUCAUGUUAUCUCUUCAUGAUACAGAACCUGAGUACUACACUGAUGAGAAUAUCAAAAGCCUUUUGCUGGUACUACUACAAGCAGGGACCGGCACUUCAGCCGGAACUAUAGAGUGGGCAAUGUCAUAUUUGCUCAACAAUCCAGAGAUUUUAAACAAGGCACAAAUUGAAAUCGACAAUUGUGUUGGACAAGAUCGAUUGAUCGAUGAAUCCGAUGUGUCUCAACUUCCAUACCUUCGCUGCAUCAUUAAUGAGACAUUGCGAAUACAUCCAAUAGUCCCUUUACUCUUACCGCAUGAAUCAUCGGCAGAUUGCACCGUACAAGGUUUUCUCAUCCCACGUGGCACGAUGUUACUGGUGAACAUGUGGGCCAUACAAAAUGAUCCCAACAUUUGGAUGGAGCCCAGCAAGUUCAAGCCUGAAAGAUUUCAAGGGCUAGAUGGGUUUGGAGAUGGAUUCAAGUUGAUGCCCUUUGGGUCUGGUAGGAGGGGGUGUCCUGGGGAGGGGUUGGGCUUGCGCAUCGUUGGGCUGGGAUUGGGCUCCCUGAUUCAAUGCUUUGAUUGGAGAAGGGUUAGCAAGGAAAUGGUUGAUAUGAGCGAAGUGAGUGGUGGGUUCAUCGCACCCAAGGCUAAACCAUUGAUGGCCAAGUGUCAGCCACGUAAAAAAAUAGUGAAGCUUGUCUCUCAUAUUGGAGCCAAUUUAGUCCCAUGAACGGUAGGAAAAUAAUUUCAGAAAAAUUAAUUUAAUGUAAAUAAAUAAUAAAAUAAAAUAUAAGAAAUUCUGUAAACUUAGUGUAGAUUAUGAUCGAGAUCAAUGUUUGAAUAUUAUGUCUUUAAGGCAGAAAUUCACCCUCGCCUAUGGUACUUGCGAUUGAUGGACGUCUUGUUUUCAAAGAUACAAUGAUCACCACACACAAAAAAUUGCACAAGUUUUUAUGUGUUCAGUGAACCAAUUUGUGUCAUGUACUCUCUUUUAUAUAUUUGACUAGACAUAAUUAUGAAUCUUAAAAUUUCUUAACAAAUGAAUGCCAUGGGAAUGGUAUUUAUCAAAGUAUUUGUGACCAUUCAUAAUGGUUGUAAGAUUACACCCUUCAUUCGAAUGGAAUCCAAUUUCAUUCACUUCUAAAUUUUCGCAAACAAAAUUUUGUAGCUUACUCUCUCUAUGAUUGUAACAUAUGAUUUUAUCCCAAGAUUGCUCUAUUAUCGAACUCUUAUGAUCGGCAUUUGUUUCGCAGUACAAGUUUUUGAAUUUGGAUAUUUUCAUAAUUUUCUCCUUG